AUGCUUAAGUCUACAUAUAAGCCAGCCUUUGCGCAACAAGCUCUGCCUUUGCCUGAUGGCUGGACGGAGCAUAAAGCUCCAACAGGCCACGCAUUCUACUUCAAUCCUUCUACUAGGGAGUCGACUUAUGUCCGCCCUCAGGCGCAAGUGAUCUCGGAUGCUAAAACCGCUACAAAUGCCCAGCCUGAAAUAGAUGCUUUCACCGGAAGCGACAAAACAGCUUGGCAGCAAAGCAAUAGCAAUAGCGAUGGCCAGGCCAAAAGUAAUCACUUCCAGAGGUCUGGACAUAGUAAUAAUAUGCAAAACCACGGGCAGCGAUCGCAAGGCCGAGACAGACCCAAAACCAGCCAUAUCAUACCUGGUUGUGAACCAUGGUUGCUCGUGAAGACAAAGAUCGGGCGCCGUUUCGUACACAACACUAUCGAGAAUGAGAGCUUUUGGAAGUUUCCUCCGGAUGUGCUGAAGGGUGUCGUUGAGCAUGACCGUCAAGAACGAGAAAAGCGACAGAAAAUUGAACAUGAAGCCUCAACUGAAGAUGACCCUGCCGAAUUCGCUGUUCCAGAAAGCGACUCCACCUCUGUACCCGGGGCUUCAGCUAUGGUCCUGCAGUCCGGACCAGCGGGUAAAGAUAAUGCCGAAAACGAAUUGGCUUCUGAUGAAGAGUAUGAGGAAGUAGAAGUCACAGAUGACGAACAGGAAACUGCGAAGCAAAACUUGAAUCACGACCACGAAGAGCCGGAAAGAGCUCUCGAGUUCGACGAGGAUGAUAUAGCUUACCAAUUAGCCGCGAUGGGGAAUGAGUAUGGUCUCGAGCCUGGCGAGUACGGGGACCACGAUGGUAGUGGUUUGGAGGAGGGUGCUGAAGGGCUUCCAUUGACUGAAGAAGACUCAAACGCCCUCUUCACAGAUAUGCUCGAUGAUCAUCGGAUCAACCCUUUCACUACCUGGGAUGCGCUCAUCGAAGCUGGCCAAAUCAUUGAGGAUGAUCGCUACACUGUUCUACCGAGCAUGCGAUCUCGGAAAGAAGUUUGGGGUAAAUGGAGUAAGCAUCGAAUGCAACUGAUCAAAGAGCAACGUGAAAAAGAAGAAACUAAAGACCCCAAAAUCCCGUACUUCGCCUUUCUGGAGGCACGUGCCACCCCAAAGCUAUAUUGGCCAGAAUUUCGGAGGAAGUAUCAGAAAGAGCCCGUCAUGAGAAAUAGCAAGCUGUCAGACAAGGAUCGGGAAAAGUGGUAUCGUGAAUAUGUCAAUCGUCUGAAGCUGCCAGAAAAUAAUCUGAAGUCUGACUUCGUGCAACUGCUCAAGUCGCAACCAAUACAUGUUCUCAACAUGUCGACAAGAAUCGAAAAUCUCCCCACAGCGCUGCUGACCGAUAUUCGAUUUGUCUCACUUCGAGCGUCAGUCCGAGAUCCUUUGAUGAAGGCUCAUAUUUCCUCUUUACCACCAGUACCCGAUUCAGCUGAAGCUUCACCUGAACAAGUUGUAGCAGCAGCAAAGGAGAAAUCGAAUCGUGAGCGAAGAGAGCUCGCACUGGCAGAGCGCCAAAAGCGCGCACAAGAAGAGAAAAGAAAGCAGGUGGGGGCUUUGCAUUAUGGACGGGGUAUUUUAAGGGAGGAGGAGCAACAGCUCGAGCGAGCCAUGAGAGUCGGCAAGCAAGGUUUGUUAGGCCAUAAGCAGGCCCAAGAGCUUGAGAAGUGA